UUGAACUGUCUCCUGACAAGUCCCCUCCAGGCCUGGAGGUCUGGUCCAGCACCCUCAGAGUCCCAUGGGACCGGGCAAAUGCUUGUGGGGUCAAGCCCCGGAGCCUUCAGCUGCUUCAACAACAACAUCCUCAGGAUAGACUGCUGGUGGGCUGCUCCUGACUGGGCUCAGAAAUCUGACCCCUGGCUCCUCUUUACCAACAACCACAAGCCAGCCAGUCAGCACCGAUGCACUUUCCAGGCCGGCGUCUGCACAGUGGAGUUGCCACCUGAGGAGGUGCUCGUGCCUUCUGACAACUUCACCAUCACUCUCCACCACCAUGUGUCCGGGAAAGAGCAGGUGACUCUCCUGUUUCCACAGUAUCUGCCCCGGAAAUACGUGAAGCUGGACCCUCCCUCCGACCUGCAGAGUAAUGUCAGCUCUGACCACUGUGUCCUGACCUGGGCUAUCAAUCCUGCCUUGGAGCCACUGAGUCCCCUCCUCAGCUAUGAGCUGGCCUUCAAGAGGAAGGAAGAAGCCUGGGAGCAGGCCAGGCAGAAGGAUCGCAUUGUUGGAGUCUCCUGGCUCAUCCUUGAGGCGAUUGAGCUGAAACCUGGUUCUACCUAUGAGGCCAGGCUGCGUGUCCAGAUGGAGGCUGAGAUGGAAGAAGAAGAGCACUAUGAGGGCCAGUGGAGUGAAUGGAGCCAGCCCGUGUGCUUCCCCUCUCCCCAGAGGCCAGGUUCCCUGACACCACCUUUGGGCCAGCCCAACAGCAUCCUUGUCUCUGUGUCCAUCUUGUUCCUGCUCACCAGCCUGACUUACUUUCUAUUUAAGCUGACACCCAGGGUGAAGAGAACCUUCUGCCAGCAUGUGCCUUCUCCAGCAGCAUUCUUCCAACCUCUCUACAGUGUGCACAAUGGCAACUUCCAGACCUGGAUGGGAGCCCACAAAGCUGCCCUGAAGCCCAAGGAGGCCUCUGCCAGCAUCUCAUCAGGAGCCUCUGAGUCCAACACCCUGGAGGCUAUUGCAGUACUCACAUGGGACCCAGCAACAUCCUGGAGAACACUGGGAGUAGAGGCAAGCAGAGAUGCUGGCCUCCCAGAGGAGGCACCGCUGGCAGCACACACAGGGACAGGUCCUCCUCUGGCAUACCUGCCUCAGGAAGACUGGGUUCCUGCCAGUCCCACCAGUCCAGCUUGUGAGGAGACAGGAGCCAGCAGCAGUGACUACUGUGCCCUAAGCGGUUAUAGUAGGGGCUACCCUGCAGGUCCCCCAGGCAUGUGGCAGAGCUCUGUGCCCAUCCUUGCCAGGGCCUGGGGCCUUCCCUGCAACCAGUCAAGCUGGGAUGCCCAGCAGGGAUGCCCCUGUGUGGGAGCUGGUCACGACCUGAUGCGAGACCCUGGGAACCUCCACGAGGAGGGCAGAGACAUUUUCCUGCACCUCUUGGCAGACUGCACACUUUGCCAUACUGAAAGCUCAGAAGUGCUGAGCUCUGGACAAAGAACGACAAGUUCUAGAGCUGACCCCUGACUGGACAGGACCUCCUGCCAAGGACACCCACAAAGUGGACACGUGCUCUUCU